GUUGUGUAUGGACUGCUUUAUCCAAGGUCGGAACCGUCAAAUUUGCUCCCCAGUCCCCACUUUACACAACCAAAGACAAGACUCAUUUUCAGAGCGUCGUCUACAGAUCGUGGGAAUUUUCUGCUUUGAUUUAAGAUAUUUCGCGCCUCCUCUUCAAUUAUCAUUACCUGUCCUCGUGUAGGAACAAUGGGAGUUCACGGUUUAUGGAGACUCAUUGAGCCUUCCGGUAAACCUGUACCUGUGGAAUCCCUAGAAAACAAAAUAUUGGCUGUCGAUGUUUCGAUAUGGUUGCAUCAGGCAAUAAAAGGAUUUCAGGAUGCAAAAGGUGCACCUGCACUCAAUGACCAUUUACUGGGAAUUUUUCACAGAGUGUGCAAAUUAUUAUAUUUCAAAAUAAAACCUAUUUUUGUUUUUGAUGGAGGUGUACCAGUUCUUAAACGAGAAACUAUUGCUAAGCGAAACAAACUGAAGCACAAAAAUAUCUCUGAAGCAGACAAAAUACAAAAGCAGCUUCUCGAUACUUUGAUUAAACAUUCAGCUGUGAGUAAAGUAUUAGGAGAAAAAGCCAAAAAUGAGUUGGCUUCAGUAUCCUCGUCUAAACAAGAAAAAACAGGUGAUGACUUGUUCAAAUUGCCCAAAGCUGAAGAAAAAUCUGAAAAAAGCGACGAAGAAGACUCAAGUGAAUCAGAUAAUGGUAGUCCGACUAAACACUGGAACUUACACAAUAUUGAUACUAGAUCUGAACAUUUCAAAAGCCUUCCUGCUGAUGUUAGACAUGAAAUCCUCACUGAAUUGAAAGAGACCAGAAAACAAUCUUCUUGGGGUAGACUGCAUGAACUACCUACACAAAGUGAUGAUUUUUCAGGUUUCCAAAUGCAAAGGCUUCUUAAAAGGCAAGAAGUACAAUUGGCUUUAGAAGAGGCAGAAAAAGAGAUGGGCGGCCAUUCCCUCUCCUUAGCGGAAUUAGAAGAAAUCCUUAAGGAUCAAGGAGUAAUUUCAAAGAAUAUAAUGGGAAACAGAAUUGCUUCGGAUGAGAACACAAGAUACCUAUAUAUAAGAGAUGUUAAACAAGCCCUAGAAAAAGCCAGACGAGAAGAAGAAAAAAAGAAAAUGAAAGCAAUAAAGGAAGAAUGUGAGGAAAAUGACUUGAAAGUAGAAGAAGAUGAAAACAUAAAAGCAAGUAAAGCUGACUUAGAAUUGGAAUCAGAUAUACAGAAAGCUAUUGCUUUAUCUCUACAAGAACAACCAUCAGGGUCAGGUUACGUCAACAAAAAAAAGUUGUCAGAUUUUUCUUUUCUAGAAAAUUUUGAAGAUGAAGAUUUUGAAUCAAGUUCUGCAGAAGAAUCAAGCCAUAUAACAAAAAAUUCAAAGUUGACUUCAGCCCAAAAUUAUAUGAUGGAAUAUAGUGGCCUUACUCCAAAUGAGAUAGCAAAGAUCAUUGCCAGUAAUGAGAAAAACCAGCCAAAGAAAAGGAAACUAGUUUCUAUAUUAGAAGAUGAAACAAAAAAAAGUGAAAUAAACAGAAGGUCGAAAUCGGAUGAAGUACUUGUGGAAAAAUCUGAAGAAUCAAAUUCAAAGAAAAUAAAACUGACACACAUUAACGAGUGUUCAGAGGUAUUAGCAGAAAGGGAUAAUUCCUCUCAUUCCCAAGAACUCAGAGACAGUAAUAUAAGUUGUGAAAGCGAGAGCAUCAAAGGAGGAUUCAAACUAAAUGUUAUUUCUGGUGACAAAAAAGAUAUGGAAAUAAGUAAUCCAACUAGAAAUGAAGAAACUGAUGUGACAGAAAAUGAAACCAUUUCACCAAAAGUGAAUUGCAUAGAAACUGAAAAAAAGGAAAUGAUAGAGGAAAAUAUAAACUCAACAGAGGACAAAAUAGCCAAAGUAGAUAUUUCAGCAGGAUUUACUUCAGGAAGUGAAGAAUCCGAGAAUGAUUUUGAAGAAGUUGAAGAACUCUCAUUAGUCCCUGAAGAAAAAAAUAUGAUGGAAAUCAAAAUUGAAGCAAAGGAGUUCAUUGAAGAGGAUGAUUUAUUUGCUGAUAUCUUCAUUCCAAAAAAUGAAAAAAAUGAAUUCCAAAAAGAAGAAACAAUAUUAGAGAAGUCAACUGAAACAAUUGCAAAUGAAGAAAAGGUAGUAGGUAAAGAGGAAGACAAUAAAAAACUAGUAAAUAAAGAUGAACAAGAAGAGCCAAAACAAAAAGAUGAUCUUCUAGAAGAUUUAAUGAAUAAAGUUGAAGAAAUAAAAAGUAAAGAAAGUGGCGAAAAACAUCAGGUGGAAGAUUGGCAGGUACCAAAGUCAGCAGAUAAAUUAAAAUUAACAGAGAAUGAUCUGAAAACGCUUCGAGAUGAUUUAAAUAAAGAAGAGCUAGAAUUAAGAAAUGAGCAAGGCCUACGGGAACGAUUAGGUACUAAUAUUACUGAUCAGAUGUACCAAGAAGCUCAAGAUUUAUUGGAACUAUUCGGCUUGCCCUAUGUUGUGGCACCAAUGGAAGCUGAAGCCCAGUGCGCAUUUUUGGAAUCUGCUUCUUUAACUGAUGGAACUAUAACUGAUGAUAGUGAUAUAUGGCUCUUUGGUGGCAAAACAGUAUAUAAGAAUUUUUUCAAUCAGAGCAAACAUGUUUUAGAAUAUAGGGCGGAAGAUAUUAAACAUCAUUUCAAACUAACAAGGGAACAAAUGAUUUUGCUUGCUCUAUUGGUGGGCAGUGAUUAUACAACUGGUUUACAAGGUGUUGGCCCUGUUACUGCUAUGGAGAUCUUAGCAAAUUUUCCCCCAAGCAGUACCUCAAGUUUCACCCUAUCCCACAACCAACUACUCAUGGGACUGAACGAAUUCAAAUCAUGGUUUAUGGGAGGAAAAUCAGUAGCCAGGACCAAAAAUUCCUUGAGAAAUAAAUUGAAAAAUGUAACCUUUACCGAAGGUUUUCCGAGCAUGCAAGUUGUUCAAGCCUACCUGAAUCCCACAGUAGAUCAAAGUGAAGAGCAAUUCACUUGGUCGAAACCAGAUAUUGUCGCCUUGAUUGAUUUUGGUAGGUCCAAGUUCGGAUGGAGUAAAAUCAAAACAGAAGAAAUACUCAAACCUGUUAUAAAACGGAUGAAAGAAAGCAAGUAUCAAAGUACGCUUCUCAAUUACUUCAAAAUUAAACAUGACUUGAACGCUGAAGAAGCUCAGAAACUCAUGAGUGAAAGAGUGAGAUCAGCUGUGAAAAGGAUUGGGCAAGAUCCAAAGGAUAUUGAAGACAGUGAUGAUUCAGAGGAAUUGAAAAAUGUGAAAAAAAGAAAGAAAUCUGAUUGUGAUAAAGACAAGAAAAAAACUACCUCUGUUAAAAGGAAGGCAAAAAAGAACGAAAGUACAAAAGGAAUCUUGUCAGAUGAUGAAUUUAUUGAAAUUGAUCAAAUUGAAGCACUACUGGAAACUGUUGAAAAGGAAAAUGAAACAAAUAAAUCUAGAAAAGGAAGGAAGAAAAAAGUUGUUAAACCCUCGAAACUCUUAGGUCAAACUGAAGCAGGUAAUGCAUUGGAAAACAAAGAUGGUAUCGAAUCUAACGAGAACAAAUUUGAUGAAAAGACUGAGGAAAAAAUCUCUCCAGAAGUGAAAGCAAGUGUUGGAUCCAAGGAUGAGAAAAAUUCCAUUUCUAUACUUGAAAAUGAGGAGAUGAACCUGCUCAUAAAAGUAUUGAGUAAUCAGGAACCAAGCACCUCCAAAAAUGCUACUAAAAUUGCUAGAGUUAAAAAAAUUGCAGAAAAGAUUGAGAAAGUUAAAAAUCCAGAAUCAAAUGAAGAACAAGGAUCAACAUCUAUUAAUAGAAAAAUAACGAAGAAGUUGGAGAAGAAUGAACAAAAAGGUUCAGUAGAGGAUUUGGAAGCUGCUACCACAUCUAGAAAAGAAAGCAAUAUAAUGAAACUAAAGCGAAUUGCCAGAAAAUUAGAGGGAAAGAAUGUUGUAACACUUGAAGAAAAGAUGCGACCUAAAAGAAAAGUCAAAUCAAAAACCCUCAAACCUGCUGAUAAUAUAGAUGAAGAGUUAAAAGUUUUAAAAGAAACAGAGGACUUUUCUAUAAAACGAGUUGAAGAUAUAAAAGCUGAAGCAGAAAAAAUUAUUGAAAAAGAAUUAAAUAAGAAAAAACUGAUAGAGAGAAAAAUACACAGAAAAGAAAUAAUCCCCCAGAAGGAAAGAGCACAAAAGAACUUGGUUAAUAACCGGCUGAGAGCAAUUGAAGUUUUUAGAAAAUCAAAAAUAGACCCAUCUACCAAAAAAGGUGCUGCACACAAAUCAAGACCUCCAAAAGAAGAUGCAGAUUUGUCUGAGAGUAGUAGCGAUAGUGAUUUAUGAUUAUUUUGAGUAUUAACAUUGAAUUUGUCUGUGAUAGUUUUUUUAUUGCCAUAUAUUACAUAACUUUUUUAACCAAAUAAAAAAUAUUUGUAAACUGA